AUGCAGGCCGUCAAAACUCCUCGCAAACGCUGCGCACUGUGCGUAAAAAAUGGCCACCAGAUUUUGUUCUUGUCUAUUCCAAAGCCCGUCGAUCCACCCGCUCCAAUUGAAUUAGAGCCACUGAUGUUUUUUGAAGACGCUUCCCCAUCAGAGACGCCUUGCAUGAAGAAAAUUGUGGCAAAUGGGACGAACAAAUGGGAUGGCGGCUGGGUCGUGGUACCGUUGGUCGUUAAUGGCAACGGGGAGAUGGAGCGGUGCCGAGGCUUUGGCAAGGGUGAAUUUUCAAGUUUUAGAGAGGCGUACGAUGUUUGCGGUCCUUUUGAAUCUCUUGCAGAGUACCCAGCUAUGUUUGGUUGCAUUCUUUUGGACACAAUCUACCUUUUGGUUGCGACAAGGGUGGAGCUGAUUGCCCUUUUGCCAUUUGGUGGCAUCAUUCAUCGUGUUUUAGGGACGGAAUGGAUUCCGCUAUUUAUCCCAGGGUCAGUGCCGCUACGUCUCUCGACGACUGAUAGGAGCCGGUUGAAAGAAUUUCAGCAGUACUCGUAUGAGAGGGGGUAUUUUUACUCUGACGACUGCGACCUUAUUUACCCAUUUCCCUUUUCACCAAAUUCUGCCGGUGAGGCGCCCGCGUUUCACUGCGACUGGUCGGAGCAACUGCGGCAACCGUUUUGUCUUCAUGGCCUUUCUGCAGGCUGCUCCGUUCUUAUUCGUGGCUUUGCGGAAGAAAAGGUUGUGCAACUAAAAAAUGGAUCUGUGCUUCACAUGCUGCUUUUGGGUCGUCAGACAAUC